AUGUCGGCAUACGGAUCAACUAGACACAUGCCUGCAUCUUCAUUCACUCCUUCAUCGUCAACACCAGCAGCGACUACGCUCUUCCGCCGACUAUCUUGGGAAGGAACAGUCCCGUUAGAGAUCCGUGUCGCCCCUCAAGAGCUCCCAGCCAACUCGGAUCGCGGUCUCGAAUGCUACUAUAUCCAGGCACCAAGAGUGUCCUACCUGCCCUUACUCGUGCCCGAGAUAAAGCGCUUUCUGAUGGACAUCGUGUUUGACGAGAUGGGAGGACGCGCCGUGAAGGAGGAGGACUGGUGGUUCGAAGGCGAAGAAGGCGCGCUGCUCAAAUGGCACUGGCCGAUUGGGCUCAUAUACGACAACUACACCAUUUCGUCGACGAUACGUCCCGCUGCACCCUCGUCGAGCUUACCGAACACACUGGCCGUGCAGCCAUUGAGGCUAACUCUGCAUCUCACGUCUCCACCGACGGAUAAGCUCCUGAUGGCGCCUAGCGCGGAGGCGUGCAAACAAGCGUUUAUGGGUCAACUCAAGGAGGCGGACUUCCUGCGGUGGGGGAACACGAAACGCAUGACCGGGUUGCGCAAGGCUGAGCAGGACGGGAUGUGGGAAGGCAUACGUGAACACAACUUCGACGACUACUGGCGCAUUGCAUCCAAGGUUGUUCCGUCAACCGUUCCCUCUAGUACCGUUCCCCAAUCAACCCUCAACCAACCUGGACACACGCGGCCCCCGUCAGCAGAUGGCGGCGAGCGCGAUAGGGGCGAUAAAGACGGCGCUUACAACGUGCGGAGCAUUCCAGUGCGGCUGUACCUCCCCGACGGGCCCGUUAUGCAAGACCUGUGCCCCCCUGUGCUUGACGACGGCUCGGCGCAUACGCUAGGCUAUUGCCUCUUCACUCACCUCCCACUCCUCUUCCCCAACUCAACAGAACAGUCUUCGCCCAACGGCAUAUCACCGAACCUCGCGUACGCUCUUGUACAAGGCGUACACACGCCUCUCGAUGCCGAGAUGGCUUGGCUUGGCGCUUGCAUGGCAGGCGCAGAUGGCUGGGUGUGCAUCUGCAUCGGGAUCAAGAGCUAG